CGGUACGUCUGCCGCAGUCGUACACGUGCGCGAAAACGUAUCCGAAAUCUCGCCGGGCUGUGAUCGUCUGAAUAAAGUGACAUCGUAUCGCGUAAAACAAUAUACUUUAUUAAUAUAAUUAUUAUUACUGUCGUGUUUUGAAACCAAUCGGUAGCAGUUGUUCACUGCACAUUGUCGUUAUUGUUGUACCUAAGGAAUUCAAACGAUCCACGGGAUUAGGUACUAUAAAACGAUCCGGUAAUCGUAAUAUUACACUGAGUGGCGGUAAUCAUCCCUCGCAUUACGAUAAAUUCUAAACUGGACACACAAUAAGACGGGAUAUACUCAUUCUUAAGACAUGACUUGUGGCAUAGAAUGCAUCGACAAAUGGCUGACAAAAGCAUUUUACAGACUCGGUCUAGUGGUCGCCAAACAUCCCGGGUACUUCCUUAUGGUACCUGUAUUUUUGACAGCCAUUUGUAUCACCGGAUUUCAGCGAGUAAAAUUCGAAAUCGAUCCCGAAUAUUUGUUCAGUCCCGAACAAGGACCUGGCAAGACCGAACGAGCGAUUGUUGAAAGUCACUUUAAGAUGAACUAUUCGUCACUUUUUAAUCCAACGCGAAUCACCAGACCAGGUCGAUUUGGUCGAAUAAUUGUUAUACCUAAACAAGGCGACACUAUGUUAUCAGUUGAAAUAUGGAAAGAAUUACGAAUACUUGAUGAUAUUGUCCGAAAUGCUACGAUCACUUGGGGUCCAGAAAACACUGUAUAUAAGUAUGAUGACAUAUGUGCUCGGUGGAUAGACCAGUGUUUUCCGAAUGACAUCUUAAACCUAGACUACGUGAUGAACGAUGUAGUCAAUGGUAGUUUGAAGCUGACGUUUCCCAUCAUGUUCAAUCCAGUUACGUGGGACGCGCAUACGUUUCCUGUUUACUUCGGUGGUACUGAAAUAGAUGAAGACGGAUUGAUUACAAGAGUACCGGCGUUACAACUAGUUUACUUCAUUACAGCUGAUACUAAAGCACAAGAUGAAAGGGGUUCGGUGUGGGAAGAGGCGUUCUUGGACGCGGUUGGCGAUGCCGAAGACUCUGGACGAUUUCGUUACAUAUCCACUGCGCGUUUUGGGUCCAGGACGUUGGAUAUCGAGCUGGAGAACAACACUAGAACGGUAGUGCCAUACUUCUCAUCCGCGUUCAUCUUGAUGGCAGUCUUCUCUGUGGUGACGUGCAUGAUGACCGAUUGGGUGCGUAGCAAACCUUUGCUCGGACUCAUGGGCAACGUGUCCGCCGCAAUGGCCACAAUCGCCGCGUUCGGUUUUGCCGUUUAUGUCGGAAUACCGUUCAUCGGCAUAAACUUCGUAUCACCGUUCCUCAUGUGCAGCAUUGGAAUCGAUGACACGUUCGUGAUGUUGGCCGCUUGGCGACGUACUCCUGUCACCAUGGACGUGCCCGAAAGAUUGGCGAGAACGCUGUCCGAUGCCGCCGUAUCGAUUACCAUCACUUCGGUCACGGACAUAGUGAGCUUCUGCAUCGGAAAGUUCAGUCCGUUUCCGGCCAUCCAAAUAUUCUGCCUGUAUUCGGGAUUUGCCGUUUGUUUUAUAUUCGUAUGGCACCUGACGUUCUUUUCCGCAUGCAUGGCUAUCGCCGGAUAUGCAGAGCACAACAACCGACACUCCAUCACGUGCGUUAAAGUCAAACCGGUGUCGAUGUCAGACAAAGAAUCGUGGCUGUACAGAGUGUUCUGUUCGGGUGGAGUGAACCCCAAAGACCCCGGAAAUCCACGAGACAACCCAGACAACGCCAUUAUGGUUUGGUGCCGGGACAGUCUGGGAUGGGCGUUGAACCAGUGGUACGUUAAGUUGAUGGUGCUCUUGGUGUUCGCCGGAUACCUGGCGGGCGCGCUGUACGGCACCACCACCAUCCAAGAAGGACUGCAGAGGAGAAAACUGUCCAGGGCCGACUCGUACUCCAUCGAGUUCUAUGACAGAGAUGAUUUUUAUUUUAGAGAAUUCCCGUACAGAAUCCAGGUAAUAAUUGCCGGCGAAUUGGAUUAUUGGGACGUGGACGUACAAAACGAAAUAGAAAACUUGACCAAGACUUUCGAGAAUUCGACGUUCAUAUCUAGUCCACUGUACACCGAGUCUUGGGUGCGAUCGUUUGUGAAUUAUGUGAAUCGAAACCAAGAAGAACUCAACGUGACCAUCGAUACACGUGAAACGUUUUUGCAGACAUUGAACGACCUGUGGCUGUUCAAACCGAAUCCGUUCUCGUUGGAUGUUAAAUUUAACGACGACGGUACCAAAAUCAUCGCUUCUCGAUUUAUGAUCCAAGCGGUAAAUAUUAGCGACGGAAAUAUGGAAAAAGAUAUGGUGAGAGAACUGCGGAAAAUCGCUCACGAGUCUCCGUUAAAUGUUAGCGUUUUCCAUCCUUACUUCGUAUUUUUUGAUCAGUUCGAACUCGUUAGGCCCACGUCGAUCCAAUCCAUGGUGGUGGGCGGGGCGACGAUGAUGCUGAUUUCGUUCCUGUUCAUACCGAACGUGCUCUGCUCCCUGUGGGUGGCAUUCUCGAUCGUGUCCAUCGAGUUGGGCGUGGUCGGCUACAUGGCCCUAUGGGGCGUCAACCUGGACACGAUAUCGAUGGUGAACCUGAUCAUGUGCAUCGGGUUCUCGGUGGACUUCACCGCGCACAUAUGCUACGCGUACAUGUCGUCCACCGCGACACGUCCCUCAGAACGGGUCCGAGAGAGCCUAUACGCGCUGGGCCUGCCGAUCAUCCAGGGCGCGGUCAGCACGGUGCUGGGCGUGUCGGCCCUAAUACUGGCCGGCAGCUACAUAUUCAUGGUGUUCUUCAAGAUGAUCUUCCUGGUAAUCGUGUUCGGCGCCCUGCACGGCAUGAUCCUACUGCCGGUGCUCCUGUCACUGUUCGGUCCAGGCGCGUGCUGCGGCGGCGGCCAGUCGCGGAAAGCUCGACGCCCGUCCACCUCAGCGGACGAUUGUAAGUCGGCGCAGCAGCUGGCCGGUGGCUACAACAACAACGGCGCUGCCCGUGGACCGUACUGCAUACCGCACCCGUCGCUGCUGCAGCAGGACUUUGGCGAAGCGGACAGGCGGUACCGCGGCAACGGGUCUGCCAGCAAGCCGUACGCCGCCAACUCGAGGCCGGACAAGGACAUGGGCCUAGGCACGUCGGAGGACUCGAGCGAGAGCAGUUCGUCGAGGUCGCAGCGACGCCGAUUGAGGGAGGCGGCGGAAGACGAGGCGCAGCGCCGGAAGUAUCUGGACGGUUGGCGGAAGGCCACGGGCCACUCGAUGCCGAUGGUGCCCACGAGACCCACGGGUUACGGGGCACCCACCGCCACCAGUAAAGACACCGGUUACGGUCAACGGCAUUCCGGUGGCGGCGCCGACGGUUACUACAACGGUCGACCGACCGGGCCGGGUUAUCAUCGCGACGAUCGGCCGUAUAGAAACGACGGCCGAUAUCAUUAGGACUCGGGCGUCUUGUUCACGCCUGCGACCUAGUGUGUGCGGUCCAACGCGUCCGAUAUUUCCUAGUAAGACUCCGAGUCAAUCGAUGUGGGUUUUUCUGCAAAACCCGACGGUUUUGUGUUUCGUGUGUAAAUAUAAGUUAAUAACGUUGCCAGUGAUUUCUCUUGCGCAUAAUAUACAUUCGUACAACGAGAAAGAAAUAUUAUAAUAUAACGUUCUAAAUGAAUCUAACAAUAAAUGAUUUUUUUUUUUUUUGUGAACGACAUGUUCUCGUAGUCAUUAUUGUUUUUCGAA